GCCCCACGGGGGCGGACCCAGCCCGGAGGGCGAGGGAAGGUGAUGAGCCUGGGACGCCUGGUCUGGGAGGGAGGGAGGCUGAGCCCCUGAGACUCGCGAGGCCGCGGGGCCGCGCCGGGCCUGCUUGGCCGGGUGUCCACGCGGGUCGGAGAGUCCCGUCAUGUUCACACACGCGGUAACGCGCGCCUUGCGCAAGAACAAGACCCUUCGCUACGGGGUGCCCAUGUUGUUGUUGGUUGUUGGAGGUUCUUUUGGUCUUCGUGAGUUUUCACAAAUCCGUUAUGAUGCUGUGAAGAUUAAAAUUGAUCCUGAAUUAGAAAAAAAACUGAAAAUGAAUCAAGUGUCACUGGAAUCAGAGUAUGAGAAAAUAAAGGAUUCUGCUUUUGAUGACUGGAAGAAUAUUCGAGGACCCAGGCCUUGGGAAGAUCCUGACCUCCUCCAAGGACGAAAUCCAGAAAUCCUGAAGACUAAGACAGCUUGACUAUGCUGAGUCUUUUUUUUUUUUUUUUUUAAUGUUAUCAACUGAAUUUGCACUACCUACUCCUAUCUGGUGGAAAGAAAAUUCCAGAUCUGCAGAAGCCUGGUUGUGAGUAAUUCAGUUACAGAUAAUUAUGAUUAAAAAAUCAGGUUCAAGUUUUUGCUUCCCAACUCUGCCAUUUGCAAACGUAUAUUUUAUAGCACUCAAUAAAAAUGUGAACAUUGCUACUUAAAAA